AUGUGGGACUGGCGGCGACUGGAGGCGAUUUGCGGUGCAUCUGAGAGGCCAACGAUGCCGCGAGGGCCCGCGUUUGGUGGCGUGAGAGCGACCUUCGGGCUCUGUUCGAAAGCCCGAUCUGUGCUCAUGGAAAAAGAACACAAUAAUUGGGCUUUUCAAUUACUCGAAGUCUUCUGGAGUUUCCUCCGCAAAUGCAUAUUCUCGAUCCUCUCAGUGGGCCCCAUCCCUCAACACAUUGCCUUCAUCAUGGACGGUAACCGAAGGUACGCCAAGAAAAGGAACCUUCAAGAAGGGGCAGCGGGCCAUCGGGCUGGCUUCUCGGCCCUCAUGAGAAUGCUACAAUACUGUUACGAGCUCAACGUUAAAUACAUAACCAUUUACGCCUUCAGCAUCGACAACUUCAAAAGGCGUCCUGAGGAGGUACAAUCCACCAUGCAAUUAAUACAGGAAAAAAUCGAGGGCUUACUCGAGGAAGAGAGUAUUAUCCACCGUUAUGGGGUGCGGGUACACUUCAUAGGGAACAUGAAGCUUCUGAGCAAGCCCGUUCAGUCGGCUGCCGAACGGGCCACGCGGGCCACCGCGCAAAACUCGAGGGCCGUGCUCUCGAUUUGCCUUGCCUACACAUCGACGGACGAGAUCUUGCGAGCAGUCGAGAAAACGUGCAGUGAGAGAAAACUCGAGGGCCGUGCUGAUGUGGCGGAUGUUGAUAGGGCUAUGGAUAUGGCAGUUGCGCCUGACCCGGAUGUUUUGGUACGGACCUCGGGCGAGACUCGGCUGAGCAAUUUUCUGCUGUGGCAGAGCACGUCGACCUUACUGUACUCCCCUGGGGUGCUGUGGCCGGAUAUUGGAUUCCGGCACCUGGUGCGUGCGGUAUUGGAUUUUCAGAGGAAUUUCACUUAUUUUGAGAAGAAACAGAAGCAAAGUUAGGUUCUGAUGGAGAACAGAAAAUAAUAAUAAUAAUAAAUAAAUAAAGAAGAAAGAAUGACGAAAGGAAAUAUACAGUGGUAUGUUGUGGUGUUUGGAUUAGAUAUAUAAAGAAGAUUGUGGUUUUUCUGGGAGUGAUGGAUGUAGUAUAUUCAUCCCCACCCUCUUGGUAUUGGUAGCUAUUGUUAGAAUCACAGGAUUUGGUCUUAUAUAUCUUGUAACAUUAGAAAAUUUAUGUGGUUUGAUGUUGUUUAGUAUAAUCAGGAUGUAUCUUGUGCAAUCAUAUUGUUCAUGGAUUAUACAGAUUAUAUCAUCUCGU